UCUCGCUCGAUCGAUCGAUCGAUCGAUAAACCCUUUCUCCUCGUCUUCUUCUUCUUCUUCUUCUUCGAUCCUUUCUCCAAUGGCGAGCGAUGGCGAUGGGAGGGAUCUCAGGGAGGAAGAUGAAGAGAACGAUGAUAAUGGCGAGAACACGUACUUGAGCGACGGUGUAGAAGGGGAGGACGACGACUCCGACUUCGGGGAGAACAUCCUCAGCAGCCUCGAAGACUCCGCGGUGGUCGAGGAUUGUUCCUGGUCCGUCUACACGGUUAUCACAAAGGAGUAUCUGUUGGUGGCGCAGAAAGAGGAUUUGUGGAGCGUGAUGGUUCUGCUUAGCCUAAGCGAGGGGAAUGCGAGGACGCUGCUGAUCCACUACCGCUGGGACGUAGAGAGGAUCUUCGAGUUGCUCGAUCGGAAGGGGAAACAUUGGCUGUUCUCUGAGGCUGGCAUAACUAUUGCAGAGAAACCAAAGCAUUAUGCUUUGUCUACUUCAUCAGCCGGCCCUGUAACAUGUGCGGUAUGUUUCGAGAAGAUCCCUUCCAGUGGAGUCACAGAGAUGGGCUGUGGGCACUUCUAUUGCAACGGAUGUUGGACAGAAUAUUUUAUUAUUCAGAUUAAAGAGGGCCAGAGUAGGCACAUUACAUGCAUGACGCCCACGUGUAAAGCAAUUUGUGAUGAGGAUGUUGUCAGAAACUUCGUCAGUACAAGCCAUCAGGACAUUGUGGAUCGUUUUGACCGGUUUUUACUUGAAUCGUACAUUGAAGACAACAAUAUGGUCAAAUGGUGCCCUAGUGUACCGCACUGUGGCAAUGCGAUACGUGUCAAAGGUGAUAUUAUUUGCGAGGUGGAAUGUACAUGUGGACUGCAGUUUUGCUUCAGCUGCUUGGCAGAAGCUCAUUCACCUUGUUCGUGCUUGAUGUGGGAGCUCUGGCUUAAGAAAUGUGAUGAGGAAUCAGCAACGAUCAAUUGGAUAGCAGUUAACACUAAGCCAUGUCCCAAGUGUCAAAAGCCUGUCCACAAGGAUGGUGGUUGCAACCUAGUUGUAUGCAUCUGCGGACAACCAUUUUGUUGGUUAUGCGGUGGUGCCGUUGGGCGAGUAAACACAUGGGGAUAUAUCACCCGCCACAGUUGUGGGCGAUUUGGGGAAGAGCAGAAAAAGAGCAUGCAGCUAGAAAGGGCAGAAGUUUAUAGGCACAUGCACUAUUACAACCGAUACAACGCUCACAUGGAGUCAUUUAUGCUGGAAAGGGAGCUCGAGAAAACCAUCAGUGGAAGGAUAUCUAAUCUAGGGAAGGAGGACGACUCUUGGAUAACGAAUGGGUUGAACACGCUCUUUAGGUCGAGAUCUAUUCUUUCAUACUCCUAUCCGUUUGCAUACUGUAUGUUUGGGGAGGAGCUCUUCAGGGAUGAGAUGAAUCCUAGGGAAAGGCAAAUAAAGCAGAACCUGUUUGAGGACCAGCAACAGCAACUGGAAUCCAAUGUAGAAAGGCUAUCGAGCUUUCUGGGGAAGGGUGAUUUUGAUUUUUCUGAUGAUACGAUCAUGAAAGCAAGAACCAAUGUCAUUACGCUGUCAAGCAUUGUUGAUGGACUCUGCAAGAAGAUUUAUGAAUAUAUCGAGAAUGAUUUGCUGGGUCCUGCCCAAGAGAAUCAUAAUAUUUCUCCAUACAAAUCCAAGCACCCUCCGAGGGCACCGCAACCGUCUAUGUUCGGAUGCCGAUGAACUAAUUAGCCCAGAACACGAGAGCUUUAACAUGAAUAAGGAGCUGCAGCUACAGGGAACAAAGCUUCAGAGUGUUCUAUUUAACUUUAACUGCGCCUGAUAAUAUUUCCGCUGGUGCUAAUUACUCUAAUUUCAUGCUUCUAAUAAUGAGACCCAGGUGUAUAAAACUAGAACUAGGUUUUGUUCGCCUUUCCUGUAAGAUGACAGAUCUUCUGUUUCAUAGGUUUUAUAAAAGACAGAUUCAUGUGGUCUGUCUUUUGUUUUUUUGGAAUUAUUUUCGUCCUUCAAUAAUAAUUGUAAAGAAUGCUUGGUCAAAUAUUGUGCUCCAAGUGUAAAGAGUUAAUAAGGAUGUAAUUAUAUGAAUAAAUGAUAACCACAAUUUCCAUCUGA